GCUUCAAAAAAACAUCAUCUUCAUCAAACCCCUCUUUUCAACCCCAACACAACCACUUCUCACUACACCCCAAACCCAAACACCACCCCCCAAACAAUGCCAACAACCACCUUCGCCCAAUUCUACGUCUCCUGGUACGACCAAUUCACCCGCUUAAUCAACCAACUCACAACACCAAACCAAACCGACACAAACGAACUCAUCCGCAAGGUCAUGUCCCACCAUGAAAACUACUUCAAAGCUAAAUCAACAGCUGCUGAAAAAGACCCUCUCCACGUCUUAGCUUCUCCUUGGGCCUCCACUCUUGAACGAUCCCUUCAUUGGAUCGCAGGCUGGAGACCUACCACAGCUUUUCACCUCAUCUACACUGAAUCAUCUCUUCUCUUUGAGUCUCACAUUAUCGAUAUCCUCCGUGGUCUAAGAACCGGUGACCUCGGCGAUCUCUCGCCGACUCAGUUCCGUCGUGUUAGCGACUUACAAUGUGACACCGUGAAGGAAGAGAAUGCGAUAACGGAGGAGUUAUCGGAGUGGCAAGACAGUGCGAGCGAUAUGAUGGGUUCUGAGGCUGAAGUCAAUGAUAAGAUACAACGGCUGGUGAGCAUUAUAAAGAAAGCGGAUGAGCUACGGCUGAGGACGCUGAGGAAUGUGGUGGAGUUUCUGUCGCCGCAGCAGGCUAUUGAGUUCUUGAUUGCUUCAGCUGAGUUGCUCGUUGGGAUACGUGGUUGGGAUUGAAUCAUGACCGUUCACUUCCUAGGAUAUGAUGAACUUUGUUGUCAAUGACUAUUUUUGUUGUCAAUUUAGAACUGUAUUUUGAAUUAUUAUUUUUCAACUGAGAUUUAUGGAUAUGGGUGUAGGGUAUUUAAUUUA